CUUGGAAAAUACAUUGUGCCAAUACAGAAGAUGCCAGCUGACAUGAUGGAGAAAAAUUCUUCUUCUCCUGUAGCUGCCACCCCAGCCAGCAUCACCGCCACUCCGGAUAAACCCAAAACCGCCUCUGAGCAUAGAAAGUCAUCCAAACCCAUCAUGGAGAAAAGAAGGAGAGCAAGAAUCAAUGAGAGCCUGACUCAGCUCAAAACACUCAUCCUGGAUGCCUUGAAGAAAGAUAGCUCAAGGCACUCGAAGCUGGAGAAGGCUGAUAUUUUGGAGAUGACAGUGAAGCACCUCCGGAACUUGCAGAGAGUUCAGAUGACUGCUGCUCUCAGCACAGACCCCACUGUUCUGGGCAAAUACAGAGCUGGAUUCAGCGAGUGCAUGAACGAAGUCACCCGAUUCCUGUCCACUUGUGAAGGAGUCAACACCGACGUCCGGUCCCGUCUCCUGGGACAUCUGGCCAGCUGCAUGAAUCAGAUCAAUGCCAUGAAUUACCCAGCCCAGCCCCAGAUUCCGGCUGCUGUUGCCAACCCUCACCCUGCGUUUUGCCAGCCACUGGUUCAGCUUCCUGCAAACGGCCCACAGGGCAGUCCUGCUCCCAUGGAUUUUUUAUUAAAACGAAAUUUAUAA